UGAAAUAAACAUAUGAAAAGAAGAUCAUGAUGGGUGCAUUUUCUGAUUCAUUACAAUUAAGAAGAAAAAGAAGCCUAAACGACGAUGUUUGGAAUCCCCCCUGUAGGCAGAGACCGCGCUAGUGAGAGCCCAAAGGGAAGGGAAACAGACCAGUGACCGGUUAAUACCCAUAAGAUCUGAACAUACCGACAACUCGGUCACUAUCACCCCCUCCCCCCGAAACGAUGUCGUUCCCUCACCACCGUCGAACCCAAUCGGAGAUGCAUUUCCGGAUCACCGACGACUUCGACCUCGAGGUCGAUCUUUCUCCCCGCAUUUCCAAGAUCUCACCCUGCCCAACCAAUCUGGACCCAAACCCGAAUCUCCGCCGCACGAGACCGCAUACUCGGGUCACUAGAGGAGUAAUUCCGCGGACACCUCUUCCUCCUUGCUGCUCGAAGGCAUUGAGGCCAAGAAGGCCUUGUCCCCCGAUAAGCUCGUCGAACUCUGAACCGUUGAUCCCAAACGUGCCAAGAGGAUUCUCGCUAACCGUCAAUCCGCGACGCGCUCCAAAGAGAGGAAAGCUUGUUAUGUGUCAGAGCUUGAAAGGAAAUUUCAAUCCCUUCAAAGAGAGACUGCUUCUUCCAUUGUAAAUGCAGGGUCUUUAUCUGACUUAAUAAUGAGGCUCAAUCGUUUUUUGAGAGUCUCAAUCAUAAGUUUGAGCC